AACUUUUAUUUGCUUUGUUGUUUCCCCCCUUUCAGGACUAUUAUCACAGCCAGGAGGUAAAGCAACGUUUUAUGGCUGCCAUGCACAGCAUUGCUCACCUGACAGCAAGAGAUGUGGCUACAGCGUUUGAUCUUUCACAGUUUAAAUCUGCUUGUGAUUUAGGAGGUUGCACUGGAGCUCUGGCUCAUGAAUUAGUACAAAUAUACCCAAAUCUCAAGGUCACUGUAUUUGACCUUCCAGAAGUCAUUGCGAACACCUCUUACUUUCAGCCUUCAGGACAACACGCUGCUCCAGUGACAUUUGUAUCAGGUGACUUCUUCAAGGAUAAUCUUCCAGAGGCAGAUCUUUACAUCCUUUCACGUGUUCUUCAUGACUGGCCUGAUGAAAAGAUCCAUGUGCUGUUAAGCAAGGUAUCAGCUGUUUGCAGACCAGGAAGUGCCUUGCUAGUGGCCGAAACUGUGCUUGAUGAACAGAAGACGCACCCUUCUGUAGCUGUGCUACAAUCCCUCAGUAUGACUGAAGGCUGUGCGAUUUUGCUGGCUGAAAUGGUGCUGGAUGAUGAGAAGAAGAACAGGAGCACAGCUCUGCUGCAGUCUUUGAACAUGCUUGUGCAGACAGAGGGAAAGGAGAGAAGUGGCACUGAGUAUCGAGCCUUGCUGGAACAACAUGGAUUCACAAAUGUCACAAUCAGAAUAACUGGAAAUUUGUUAGACGUUAUUCUCUGCGUUAAGACGUAGAAAAAAAAAAUGGAUUAAGUAGUAAAGUCUGGAUGUCUCAUAUUCAUGUUUGAUGUUCUGUAAUUAUGCAAAUACAUUCUCAACUUCCCAUCCAUACCAUAAACAAGAAAUGUAACAAGAAAUAUUUUGUCAGCUUUGUGAUGUUACUUUUAAAAUGGGGGAGAGAUCGAUUAUAUUUAUUUUAGACUUCAGUAAAAUGAUGCCAGAAGAUUCUGUGUCUGCACAACAUGUAUAGGACACAAGUGGUGUCAUCAGCCCUAUGACAGUAUUCACACUGCUGAGAAAUCACUGUUUCAUCAUACUUGGUGCAAUUAAAAUAGUAGACCUUUUAGACCAGCACAUACUGCUUUUCCCAUUUCAGGAAGUUAAUGUUGAUAUCACUUUAAUGCUUCCUCACCAUCCAUUUUAAUAUCAUUUCAUGUUGCACCAUCUAAUGUUGCGGGUGUAACAUAAAGAAACACUCUCUAAUCAAGUCUGGGAACUGCUGCUGCAAUGGUGUAGUCAGGAUUGGAAACAAGAACUGGAGCAGCAGCUUCCUGAGAGUGCCUGCUCUGCUUUGUGAGAGGUUUCUGAAAAAAGGCAGUUGUAUAAAAGCACAAGUUUCUUCUGUGAUUGUAACUUGAGAUUAUAUGUGAGGGAACCACAUUUGUUUCAAGAACAUCAUCCUACAUCUUUUUAGCCCUACUUAAUUUGUGAACUGUUAUACACGUGGAUAGCAGAAUAUGAGAUUAGAUAAAGAGAAGAAGAAAUGUGCAGAAACAGAAGAAAAAGUACGGUGAUAGAGAAAAAAAGAUUUCUACCAGUCAUAGGCAGGUGAACUGCCAAGGUGAACAGAACAUGACAACUAUUGGCUGAAGUUUCCCAUAACAAGUUAGGUGCCAUUUACCUUCAUUUUUCACA